AUGUGGGCGAUGUCGUUAUCUCGGAGACGAUUUGUUCGUAUUCUGACCCCCGGCCUUCUCUACGACACCCCUGCCCGGUACCCACACUCCAAUGCUUAUCCCGAAACUCAUGAAGUUCUCUGUUUCAUAGCUCGCUUCACAACCAUCCACGCAGGGAUAACGAUGCAGAGCCAAACCAGUCUCCUACUGGAGGCCCACAGCAAAAGUGCUCCACGGACGAUACAAACCAGCCAGGAUGGAGCAAGCGACUACCUGGCACGCCAAAUACAGAAUCUUCUAAACGGCAACGAUGGGACGCAACAACUUCAACCGAAACCUGCCGCACUACCAUUUGUUCUCAGUUUGUAUUACUGCCAACCAAUGAACCCCUGGAGUUUCUCUCCUAGUUCUUUGAAAGAGCACUGCCACACUGCACUUCUAAGUCUGAAAUGGUUGCCGGUGAUCCAUUGGAAAUACCCAAAGUCGAUGCGCAAGCGACGGAGCAAAAUUCUAAGUCCAGGAAGACGGUUACGGUGGUUACCACAGGAGAAGUACCUUUUAUUGGAAUUUAGAAGGGAUCGAAAGCUAUCCUGGUGUGAUGUAACGAAGCUGUCCUCGGAUCAAUUUGCAGGACGAAGUGAGGAUGAUAUCAGCAUGGAUGACACCAUA